GUUCCUUCUUUUGUAUUUGUGUCGACUAUAUAUCUUAGCUUAUUGGUACUGCUCUACUAGUUUCCAUUUAAUAUUUUAGGAUUCCGGCGAUAAUCAAAGAGUUCGCAGGACAAUUAUGAAUUACGAAUCAGGAAUGAAACCAGGAAGGUAUGGGUUUAUAACAUUAUUCUUACUAUCAUGUGUUUGGUUUUAUUCAGGAAUCAAAGUAGGCUGGUUUGGUAUGCGUGAUACACACCUCACCUUGGAUUUCUCUGCUCCUUGCCUUUAAAUUGAGUGGAAAUAAGGUGAACAGAACAGAGCCUAAGAGCACACACAACCUCGACAUGUAGCUUGGGUUAAGUGACUAUUGACAGGACAAAAUGACUACAAUAUUGACAGCGUACAAGGGCCAAAAUUUUAUUAACUUGACCCGGGUCGCAUAUGUGACCCAAGGUCAAGUUCCUUAAAAUUGAAUGUGGGACUGAUGAAGCUGCCACUUGCAUAAUAUUAGCCGUUUGCAUACGGAAUUUUAAUUAGGCUUAUAUUUGUUGUAUGCAUGAAAAUAUUAAUGCAUUCGUAUUUUUCUCCAUGUACUGUAUGCAUGCAUGGAAUCAACAUUUCAUGUUUUUUUUGUUGCAUGAUAACAAUCAUAAAUUAAUAGUCAGUUAUUUAUCAAUUUUACUUCAUUGUGCUAUAUAUGUAUGUUUAAGGUUAUACGUUACAUUUUUAUUUAUAUGUAAUAUUAAUUUAAUUUCAUAUUUAUUUGUUUGUUAAAAUUAAUAAUUGUGUUUGUAGAUGAAUUUAAAGUGUAGUAUAUGUAAAAGUAAAAAAGUAGAUAAGAGAAAUUAAUGACCUUGAGUCAAGAUUGUAGAAGAAAAAUGAGAGAGUUAAACAAGUGGUAUGUCAAGUUAGUGGAAUAUGAGGUGGAAUAAGGAGAAUUAUGAGAGAUAAAUUAUUUGUCAAUUGACCUUCGGUCAAGGAUGCACAUGGUAAAAUGGGUGCCUAGGUGGAGAAUGUUGGUAUGAACUAUAUCCUUGGCAAAGCUAAAGCUACUCGAGUUAAUAAAUAAAGCUCUUCUCUCGAUUUCCCGAGACCAAUUAGCAGCUUUAAAUUUAAUUUAAUUUUUUUAUAAAAGGGGAAAAGGCUACAUGUACACCUAGUGUACACGAUUAAUUUGUAACACCAUUAAUUUGUUGACACAUCAUCAAACCCACUAAAAAAUGAGAAUGAAAGACGAUAAAUAUGUCAUUUCAACCAAUAGAAAAGCAUGGUGUACAAGAUGCCUUGUACACUAGGUGCACAUGUAGUAGGAUCCUAUAAAAGGUCACGAAUUUAAGUUGUUUGGGAACAUACUGUACAUUUUAUAUAUUUAGGUUCACAUGAGAACCAUCUUAAGGUGAGAACUGUUAUCCCACUUUAUUGAACUAACGACAUAACUGCUUUGACGUCUGAUAUUGUCGUGCCAUCCAGGUAUCAUCGUGUCGCAGGUGGCGUCGUGUCAAGUGAGCCUGUCAGGUGAGGCGACAGACGACAAAGCCUGGGCGACGUAAGACCAGCGACAGGGCUCUGGCGACAAGAGAAGAACAACGCUUGAGCAAGUAAGAGAAGAUAGGUCAAGUUCCAAGUCCAGAAGCCCAACAUGGGCCACGCCGUCAUAAGAUGGGAAAAGGUCCAAGCUCUGACCGAAGACUAGGGAGUUUGUUGAAGACGUGAGCAACGGCCAAGGAGAAAUCCCUAUCUUCCAGGGAUCUUCCCAACCGAUAGAACCGUUAGCAUUUGGCAUAUAAAAGCAUAAAGAACGGCAUGAUGAAGGGACACGUGAACUCAAGCACUCUAACUCUUAAGCUAUCAACUGUUUUAGCAUUCAUUAUUGUACUUUAGAUUUUCAAUAUCAAUUCUCAGAAAGAAGAGCAUAAACAAUCAUACAGAAUACUUAGUGGAUUGAUAGCCUCAUAGCUAUCCGCGGUUUUUUACCUUAUUCCUGGGUUUUCCGCGUCAACACUUCUCUGUGUCGUGCCUUUUUAUUUGUGUUAUUAAUUCUUUGCUUAGUUAGUGUCGAUCCUAGCCGAAAGUCGGCCCCAUACGAAUUUUGGCAUAAACAGUUUGGCGCCGUCUGUGGGGACAUUAACUAGGUUUUACACAAAAGCACCCCUUUCACCAUGACUACUGGAGAGAUGACGAUCGCAGAGAUGAAAGCGGCUUACGAGAAAGCCCAAGCCGAGCUAGCCCAAGAGAGGGCAUCCAAUGAAACCCUCCAGAAAGAGCUCGAAUCCGUGAAGAGCAACAAGCACCAGUCCCGCUACAAAGGUGGGAAGCCAAAAAAGCUAACGUUCGAGAUGCCCGAUGACUUUGAAGAUGUGACCGACGAUGAGGAGGAAACCCGUGAGGAAGAAGACGGAGAAGCUCCCGAUCCGGUGACCCAACGCCUGAACAAGAUGGAUGCACGCAUGACGAAGCACUAUUCCCGCCUGAUGAAGUUGAUGACCAGGUUCCCCGGGGCACCUACACUAGUAGAGACCGAGCCGACUGACGGGUAUGCAGCGUCGCCGUUCUGCGAAGCGAUCGCUAGAGUGACAGUUCCGCACACACUCCGACUCCCAACCUGGACCACCCUGUACGACGGGACAUCCGACCCCUAUAGGCACGUCAACUUCUACAAGCAGCGCAUGUGGCAGAUCGGGAUUCCGCACGACCUAGUGGAACCUGUUAUGUGCAAAUCUUUCGGCGGCACCCUUGAUGGAGCGGCUUUGGAAUGGCUCACGAAGGUCCUUCCCAGAUCCAUCUCCUGUUUGUCCGAUCUCAUCAACGCCUUCUACCAACAAUUCGCCAGCAGCCGCCAGUUAGAAAAACAAACCAGUGAUCUCUAUCGGUUGGUUCAAGGGCCAACCGAGUCGGUACGCGAUUAUUUUAACCGUUUUAAUUGUGAAAAAAUUGGUAUAAAAAAUUGUGAUGUCAGGACUGCUAUUGAGGCGUUCAAGAGAGGCCUCAUCCCCAAUUCGGAGCUAUACCGGGAAAUAACCAAAUACCCCUGUGCAACUUUCGAAGAGGUGCGAUCAAGGGCCACCGCCCAGAUGCGAAUCGAAGACGACGAGGUUAUCCGAACAGCAUCUCAACGAUCGACAGGGGGCAGCAGCGACAGAAGAUCGUACACCCCGAGGAACAACAACUGGCGACACCAACCAUACGUUCGGCAAAACCAGGUACAAAGUGUCAAUCAGUAUUAUGAUACUAACAAUGUUUACAGGAACGAGCGGGUCGAACACCCUAACAUCUCCGACUACGGCUUCAACGUCGACAUUGGAGGUGUGGUGAACGCCCUUCAAAAUGUAGGUGGAACAGUCAGAUGGCCCCGGAAGAACAACAGACCGGACUCCAUGAAGGACAUGAGCAAAUGGUGCGACUUCCACCGCGACAACGGCCACACAACCGAGGAGUGCAUCUCCCUCAAAAAGGAGGUCGCAUACCUCCUGAAACGGGGGCAUCUAAAAGAACUGUUGAGCGACAAGGGAAAAGAAACAUUCUCCAAAGAGAAAACCACCCUGCCCGUGUUAGGUUAUGAUACAUAUGACAUUACAUAGAUCAUGCGGAAACAACCAUUAACCCAGGACAACAUAUUAUUUACACAUAAUCAUAUAGCAUA